UGCCUGCCUCCCAAGCCUGCCUCCCAAGCCUGCCUUGCUCGCCUGACAUCACGGUUCCAGUUCCGCUCAGGGUUGGAAAGGAGAGAGUUUUCACCCCUCACAGCGCUUUUGUGAAGGAGCAGGAGAUGCUCGGAGCUUCCUCCUCACUGCCCACCUACCCCUAGCCCACCAGAUCUUGGCUUGGGACAGCCUCACGCCCGGAGGUCGCAACUUUCUUCAGGAGUAGAGCGCACCGCAGGGGCACCCCAAAAGGGAAGGGGUAGAAGCCCCCAGGAACUUCACAAACUUCUUUGGGGCAGACCAGAGGGAAACCAGCAGCCUAAGCCCAGAGGAGGAUGUAGAGCCGCAGCUACUGAACGAAACUGUGCCCUUAUUGCUCUCCACCCCACCUCCGACCUCUAGCCAGUCAUGGGGGCUGGAUGCUGCGCUUCGGCCCAAGACAGAAUGGGCUGGUCCUCCAGGUCUCUGGCUUAGCCCCUGGGGUGCCUUCCCCAGAGACUGCCCCCUUCUCCAGCGGCCCCCCGCCCACUGGUGGACGUCCUGCUUUUAACUCCAGAUUGUCCCUCGAAAGGCGGCAGGGCUGGCACUCAUAGCUUUUCCCUGGCAAUCCCCUUUGGACUAUUCCAGUCCUCUGCUAUGGAUAGCCCAGAGCCCUACUCUGUGCAGGCCACGGCAGCCAUUGCAGCCGUCAUCACCUUUCUCAUCCUUUUCACCAUCUUUGGCAAUGCACUAGUCAUCCUGGCCGUGUUGACUAGCCGUUCCCUUCGAGCCCCACAGAACUUGUUCCUGGUUUCCCUGGCUGCAGCUGACAUCUUGGUGGCCACCCUCAUCAUACCCUUCUCACUGGCCAAUGAACUGCUGGGAUACUGGUACUUCCGACACACCUGGUGUGAGGUCUACCUGGCCUUGGAUGUCCUUUUCUGCACUUCCUCCAUUGUGCACCUUUGUGCCAUCAGUCUGGACCGCUACUGGUCAGUGAGCCGAGCCCUGGAGUACAACUCCAAGAGGACGCCCCGAAGGAUUAAGGGCAUCAUUCUCACUGUUUGGCUUAUUGCUGCCUUCAUCUCACUGCCCCCACUCAUCUACAAGGGUGACAAGGGCAAGAAAACUGGAGGCCGGCCCCAGUGUAAACUUAAUGAGGAGGCCUGGUACAUCCUUUCCUCCAGCAUUGGUUCCUUCUUUGCACCCUGCCUCAUCAUGAUCCUGGUCUAUUUGCGGAUCUACCUAAUUGCCAAACGCCGUAACCGCCAGGGUCCCCAUGGCAAGCGAGCCCUUGGUGAUGGGGACGCUGGGCCCUCUGGCCCUGUUGGGGCAGCUGCAAUAUCUAAGCUGCAACCCUCUGUUCUCUCAGCUGUGGGUGAGGCCAAUGGGCAUACUAAGCCUCCUGGGGAGAGAGAGGGAGGGCAGCAGAUUGGAGACCCACCUUCCACGCCUCCCAACCAGAGCUCUGCGGGGCCAGAGGAUGACAGUCAUAGGCAGGAGGAGGAAGAAGAAGAUGAAGAGGAAGAAGAGUGUGGGCCUCCAGCCCUUCCAACUUCCUCUUCUCCCCAAGGAACCCCAAACUUUCAGCCUCCCCAGGGCUCCCAGAUGUUGGCCACGCUCCGGGGCCAGGUGCUCUUGGCCCGACAACCUGCCUCCCUAGAGCUGCAGCCAUGGAGGCGUAGGACCCAGAUGAACCGAGAAAAGCGCUUCACUUUUGUGCUGGCAGUAGUGAUGGGAGUCUUCGUCCUCUGCUGGUUCCCUUUCUUCUUCAGCUAUAGCCUAGGAGCCAUCUGCCCCCAGCACUGCAAGGUCCCUCAUGGCCUUUUUCAGUUCUUUUUCUGGAUUGGUUAUUGCAACAGUUCCCUCAAUCCCGUCAUCUAUACAAUUUUCAACCAGGAUUUCCGCAGGGCCUUCCGCAGGAUCCUUUGCCGCCAAUGGACUCAGACAGCUUGAACUUGGUGGGAUGGAGCAUUUGCUUUCCACCCUGUGUAGAGGGUGAGGCGGAGUGAGAUGAGCAUCCAAGGCCAAAUCCUGGAGAAGACUUCACAAAGGAAGAGAGACAGCUUCUUUCCUCAGCCCUGCAGUCCCCGAUCAAACUGGGUACCUUUCCCUUCUCAGGGAGCCUGGCUUCCCCAAUCAGCCUUGCCUGAGUUCCCUGGAAGGGCGCUUACCCGGGAGUGUUUCCAAAGAGCAAGGAAGGCCAGAUUUGAACAUUUCCAGGGAAGGCAAAUCUCUGAGGCGGUAGUGGAGUCAUCUCCUCCCUCCCCAACAGUACCUGCUGCCCUGCAAGGGCUCUGAGAAUUGUUGGCGGUUUUGUAUCCUGGCGCUUCCCUUUUUCUGCCCUUCCUUUGGUUUGGGGCUCCUUUUCAGGAGAGCCUGUGCUCUUUGUUCCUUCAACUAGCUCCCCUAUGGGAGUCAGCAUGCCCUGCCUCUGCUUCACCCGGUGAGCCUGGAUCACAGGCACUUCCCUACUCGGUGCCUCAGUCUCUCCCCUCUGCAAAAACCGGGGCAACAAUAGCUUGCCGCCUACUCGCAGCAGGAAGAUGAAAGGGUUUGCAAAAAGCUUUGAGCUCUGUGGGGGAACGGGCUAGAGAAAUAGAGAAAUAGAAAAUGUGAUUAUCCGGUGAUAUAAAAAUCUCCUUUUCUCUGUGUUUACCACCA